AAUGUAAUUUAGCCACAAACUGAACCCUAGUAAUUAACGUCAAUCCUUAAACCUCUCUGAACGUACUUACUAAAAGAAGAAAAAAUGGAAAGCUUUGCUGCGUUUUCAAUGUCCAGAAACAAAGUUGCCAAGGAUUACAUUUUCUUUUUGGUCUUCAAAUUUGAGCCUUGACGUAGUAUCCAGGAGGAGAUGGGGUAUGUCAUUUCCCCUCAGAACUGUCUAGUUGAGAUUUGCCAUUUUCAUGGUUUGCAAUGGGGUUUCAAACAAGCUGGUCCAGGUUGUAGCUCUCUGACAUGUCCAACGGUACAUGUAACUACAUCUCGUAUACCUUGUUUAAUCAAAUGUUGUCAUAGAAGCCGCUCUUACUUGCCGUGGAAGGUAGAUAACGGUUCGGAAAGAGAGGCGGUGUCUUUAUGGUGCAGAGGACUGCAGAGAACUGUUUGUAUUGACCGAGAUGAAUUUGAUCAAGAUGAAUGGAGGAGUUCAGAAAAUGGUAAGAUGUUAACUAAUGGAAAAUUCGAAGAGAAAAUGGUUCCAAAAAAGAUUCGGGAUUCUUUGAUGACAACUUUAGAUGGACCUUUUGUUAGAAACAAUGAGGAAACCAACAACGAUGUUCUUCAAAACCUCUGCAGAAAUGGGAAACUGAAGAGUGCGAUACGGUUGAUAGAAGUUAUGGCAUGUAAGAAUCAAAUUCCUCAUUUCCCUUCUUGCAUAAACUUAAUAAGGGGAUUUCUAAAAGUGGAUAAACUUGAUAAAGCUGCCAAAAUUCUUCAAGUUAUGAUAAUGUCUGGUGGGGUUCCUGACAAUAUUACAUAUAACAUGAUGGUUCGCGAUCUUUGUAAGAGAGGACAGAUAAGAUCUGCUAUUGACCUUCUGGAAGACAUGAGCUUGAGUGGUUGCCCUCCGGAUGUGACAACAUACAAUACGAUAAUCCGCUGCAUAUUCGACAAAGGGAAUUUUGAUCAGGCCGUUGGGUUCUGGAAGAAUCAACUGAGAAAGGGAUGCCCGCCAUACCUAAUCACAUAUACCAUUCUCGUUGAGCUAGUCUGCAAGCACUGUGGAACUUUGCAGGCAAUGGAAGUAUUACAUGAUAUGGCCAUUGAAGGCUGUUAUCCGGACAUUGUUACCUACAAUUCGCUGGUUAGUUUUAAUUGUAAGCAGGGGAAAUACGAGGAUGCUGCUUUGGUCAUAUAUAAUAUUUUAUCUCAAGGCAUGGAGCCUAAUGUUAUAACAUAUAAUACCCUUAUCCAUUCUCUUUGUAAUCAUGGGAGUUGGGACGAAGUCGAUGAGAUACUUGCUAUCAUGAAGGAAACUUCUCAUCCUCCAACUGUGUUUACUUACAAUAUAUUGAUCAAUGGUUUGUGUAAAUAUGGACUUUUGGAUAGAGCCAUCAACUUGUUUGAUCAAAUGUUGUCUCAAAAUUGCUCUCCGAACAUUGUUACUUAUAAUAUUCUUCUUAGAGCUCUUUCGAAAGAAGGAAUGGUAGAGGAGGCUCUUCAGUUAUUUCAAUUUUUAAGUAGGAGCAGCUGCUCCCCUGGUUUGGUAACUUAUAACACUCUGAUAGAUGGCUUGGCUAGAAAUGGCGAUAUUGAGAAAGCAAUGGGAUUAUAUGAUCAGAUGUUAGGAGAUGGGAUCAAUCCCGAUGACAUAACUCAUCGAUGUUUAGUACGAGGAUUUUGCCGUGCAGAUCAAGUUGAAGGAGCAGUAGAGAUACUAAAGGUGAUGGCGGAGAGGAAACACGCAGCUGGAAAUAGUGGUUAUAAAAUGGUGAUCCAUAGGCUAUGUAAAAAUGGGAAGAUAGACUUGGCAAUACAAGUUCUAGAAAUGAUGGUCUUAAGUCAGAAUAAACCAGAAGAGACAACUUAUUUGACGAUAAUCAAAGGUAUAGCUGAUGCCGGAAUGAAACAAGAAGCUACCAAAUUGUAUCAAAAGUUGAUGGCAUGGAGGGUUUUCAGAGAAAGGGCAGUGUAGGGUUAAAGACUUUGUGAACUUGAUAGCCAAUAUUUUGAGGUGAGAGCUUUUCCAAUGCACUUCUGUUUAAACUUAUUUUUAUUUAGCAGCUUAAAGCUCAGUAAUCUCUUUUUAGCAUGUGGAAUGUGGUAGGCUAUUUACACCAAUGAAUUAGUACAAUUACAAUAA